UACCAAACUUCUCUUCUAAUGAAAAUUGCUUUAUGAAUUCCAAAAAAACAUCGUGAAAAAUUUUGUUCAAUCUGAGCAAGCUUUUGAUUCUUCGGGAGACAUGAAAAAGUUCACUUUCCGGGUCGUUUCAGGAAAUUGAGUUGGUAUAAAGAAGUUAUAUUAAAAACUGGUAAUCUUUUUGUUCAACUUAAAUUUAAUUCAGAACGAACCGUUAGUUGUAUAAGCAGCAAACCGAUUAAAACGAAACAAAACUGAAUUUGAAAGAUGGCAAAAUUUAUCGUUAAAUUCGAUUCCAAAUAUUGAAUUUGUGUAAAAUACAAAGUUGACAAAACUUUCAAUGACAAAAGAGAGAAUGAAAAAGUUAUACUAUUAUUAUGGUUUAUUGAAUUGGGAGUUUAAGCGCUUUAAGGUGAAAAAGAUUAUAACCGAUGGGUGACAGUGAAGAUGAUUUUGAUGCUCGCUCUCGAGACAAAUUUCGAAGAGAACGAAAUGACAUAGGGCAGAGGCCGCCGCAGCAGCAACGAACUGAUGGUAAUUGGCAGAAUCGACAGCCAAGAGGAGGGUUUGUGCCGAGGGGGAAUUACAACAACUACAACAACAUGAGUUAUGGCGGAUACAAUCAGCAAGGUCGACAGCCGGACUUCAUUCACAAGCGUGGCCAGACAAGAGAGUACCCGAAUGCAAGUCCACCACAGAAAAGAAUGCGAAGGGAUUCUGAGAAUGAUGACACCAAUAAAAAGUUCGACGAGCCGAUGUCCCCACCUACGCAUCAGCCGCCGAUGAAAAGCUUCAAGCAGUUCAUUACAAACUUAGACGAUGAUGUAGGCGAUGAUGAUGCAAUCAACAAGUACCAGGAGUAUAAACUCGACUUCAAAAAGACACAAAUUGCAGAGUAUUUUUCACAGCACAAGGACGAGGAAUGGUUCCAACUGAAGUAUCACCCAGAUGUAUGUGAAACGCAUAAGGCGAACCAACUCAAAGCGUAUGCUGUUCGUUUGGAAGCUUUCAAGAAGCUGGAAAGUGUUAUUAAUGAUCCCGAGUUAACGGUUGAUUUGAACAAAGAUCAAGCUUUGACUAGGCUUUUGGAUUCUGCUGUGAUCUACAUGGAAGGCGGGGAUGAGAAAGACUUGGAAGCACUUGAUAUGGACGAGACAGAGUUGGCGACGACUCAAAAAGACAAAGACGGUGCUGCUUCAAAGCCGGCUAAAAAGGCGAAGAGGUCUAAAAAGAGAAAAAAGAGCGAGGCAAGUGGUUCCAGUCGCGACUCGACUCCUAACAAAAAGAAGGGAAGUGACGAUGAGUCCAGCAGCUCCUCUAGCUCAAGUGAAGAUUCUGAUUCUGAAAAUGAAGGAGAAGAGAAGAAGAAAAAGUCACACAAAGAAAAAAGUGGUGAAGACGGCGAAAUUGGCAACAAAGUCGACAACAGGCCCAAGCCCCUGCACAAGACAGUGUCGCUGUUUAUUCAAGCACUUCCGCCCAAAAUAACCCGACAAGAACUGGAGGAGAAAAUGAUCCAAGCUUCACCCGGUUUCCUGAGGCUCGCGUUUACUGAAGCGCUGCCUGAAAAGAAAUUCUUUCGAAAAGUCUACGCUACCUUCAAGCACGAUGUGAAUAUUAAAGAGAUAUGCUGGCAUUUGAACAAUGAAAAAGUACAGGACCAGGAAUUAGCCACGUUGGUUAACAAAAGCAUUCAGCUCCGAGUUCGACCUGUGAAUGGAAUCACUGCUUACAAAGACGUUGUGAGAGCCGAUCUGAAACUAGCGGCGAAAUUAGUUCAUAAACUAGAUUGCGAGCGCGGCUUAUACGUGCCUCCGCAAACUGAAGUAGUAGAGAAGAAAGAAAAGGUGAAAGAAUUGAAGCCAGUUGAGCAGAGUGAGACUAAGCACGACAAAUCUGAUUCAGCACUGGACGAAGACAAGAAAGACCAAACGGAAAGUGAGGUCGAAUGGAAACAGGAGACAACUGAGCCCAAAGAAGAAAUUAAGCAAGACAUGAACUCCUCGACUGAAAACAAUUCACCAGAGAAAAAGCAAGACCCAACAGAACCGGCAGCUCCUCAGAUCAGCGCUUCAGCCGAUGUUACCAAAUCCACAAAUCCUUUGCUUGAGCAUAUAACUGACUAUUUGAUUGAAGAAGUGAGCGCGGAGGAGGAGGAACUUCUUGCAGGUCUCGCUGCAAGCAAUGCUGGACUCACUGGCAACGGCACUGGACCAGGUCCAGACGAAGCAGUUCUCGAUCGAGAUGAGAAGCUCCUGAAAGUUUUGGACAAAUUGAUUCUGUACCUAAGAAUAGUGCAUAGUAUUGACUUCUACGCAACCAUUGAGUAUCCAAAUGAAGAUGAUAUGCCAUCUAGGAUCUCGAUGAUGCAUGCAAGAGGAGUGUUGCAGAGUAACAUUGUUAAGCUGACUGAAGUGAAAGAAUAUAUUAAGUCGUUUGAGCAGAAAAUGGCUCGAUUGCUCGCAACCUCAACAAAACUGAGCCAAGAAGACAUAAAGAAAUUGGGGAAAAGAGACGAAGCAACGGAGGUCGAAAACUUCGUCCUUGCCAACACAAAAGAUCUGGGAGACGACAAGUUUUUGUGUCCCCUGUCCGGUAAAAAGUUCAAAGGACCUGACUUCGUUCGAAAGCACAUCUUCAAUAAACAUGCAGAGAAAGUCGAAAAUGCCAAGAAAGAGGUACAAUUUUUCAACAACUUUUUGGCUGAUUCGGAUCGACCGACACUCCCAGAUGCUCCAAAGAGAGAGGCUAGGAGCGACAUUCCCAUGAACAGUGGAGUGGGAAUGGGUGGUAUAAAUUACGGGAGAACAGAUUAUAACACUGGGUACAACCAGAAUCAAGGUGGCAUGUACCAAAACAGACGAGGUGGCUACUAUGAUAACCAGGGCGGAGGAGGAAUGAAUUACCAGAGUGGAUAUAGACAGAACUAUGGGGGCUACAAUCAGCAGUAUAAUAGUCCAAAUUACAGAGGAGGUGCCAUGAGAGGUCGAGUUGGAGGGGGCUACAACAACUAUAAUGCCGGAGGCUAUGGAAGACCGCAAGGAGCAUACAAUCGUGACAUGAGGAGUUACAAGGACCUAGAUGCUCCAGAUGAUGAUGUGUGAUCUCUCUAUGAAACUAAACUAGGCUCAUUCUUUCAAACAUCGGUGAUUUGACCUCAUCUGUUACGUCAAUGAUGAUUCUGAAAACUGGACGAAGAUAUUUUUAAGUUGAACUUUUCAUCUGAACACCUAUACUAUUUCAUUUAAGAUAAUUAUUGGCAUUCAGACUUGUUUUAAUAAAAGUAAACUUUUGAUUGUGUAUGCACGUGAUAUAAUGCAGUUUUCUUUCUUUGUGUUUUUCAAUGGAAGUUGAAGUUAGUUUAAGUUGAAA